UGCGGCGUUAUUAUCUUUGCUGAAAACUAAAACGGGAUGGAUACCGACCUGACUUUCUCCUCUCGUCGGUCUCCUGUGGUGUGUUUACACGGCUGUGCAUCGUCCAGCCAGCCUCUAGCUUCAAGCAUAGGACUGGACGUCUUGAAGCGUGGUGGGAAUGCGGCUGAUGCUGCUGUUGCCAUAGCAGCGGCACUGGCGGUAACAGAGCCGUGCAGCACCGGUCCUGGUGGAGACGCCUUCUGCUUGUUCUACAACGGAAACACUGGAGAGAUCAGAGGACUUAACGGCAGUGGUCGUUCACCCAAAGCUCAGACCCUGGACUUCCUAGAGGGUCGGGGUUACACUGCAGAGGCCCCUCCUCCGCCCUUUGAUGCCUUGAAUAUCACAGUACCGGGGGCCCCUGCAUGCUGGUGUGAUACUAUACAGCUGUUUGGUAGUCACAAGCUGUCCUUGCAGGAGGUGCUGAGUGGGGCGGCGGAGCUCGCAGAGGUGGGGUUUCCUGUUGCCGAGGUAACAGCUCACCACUGGGCGAACUGGGUGGCUGCACUGAGAGACGCUGGGAAGGAACUAGGUGGAGACCUGCUAAUUGACGGUCGUGCACCCAAAUGUGGACAAGUAUUCAGAAACCCUGCGCUGGCCCGGACCUUGAAGGAGCUGGGCGAGCGUGGCAAACCAGCUUUUUACCAGGGCAGAGUCGCCCAAGCCAUCGUCGAUGUCAUCCACCGAAAUGGAGGAGUCGUGACUCUUGAUGACCUCAGCAGCCAUGACAGUGAGGUCAUCACCCCUAUAAGCACAGAAUACAAGGGUGUGCGUCUGUGGGAGCCUCCUCCUAACAGUCAGGGAUUGGCUGCCCUGCUGCUACUCAACAUCCUGGAGAACUUCCCGCUCAAAGCUGUGGGCCACAACAGCUCUGACUACAUCCAUGUACUGGUGGAGGCUGUGCGCUUGGCAAUAACAGACGCUCUUCGUUACCUGGGCGACCCAGACCAUGUGACCAUCCCUCUGGAAACCUUACUGGACAAGAGUUACAGCAACCUGCGAGCACAGCGCAUCAGCAUGGAAAGGGCCAUGGAAGAAGUGGAGCCUGGCCUGACGACAGGAAGCGACACUGUCUAUUUCUGCGUGAUCGACAGUCAGGGCAACGCCUGCUCGUUUGUCAACAGCACCUACAUGGGCUUUGGAAGUGGGCUGGUCCCUAAGGAUUGUGGAUUCUCCCUACAGAAUCGUGGUGCCAGCUUUUCACUGCGUCGCAAUCACGUUAACUGUGUUUCUGGGGGGAAGCGGCCAUAUCACACCAUAAUACCUGCACUUCUCACAGACAGCACAACCACAUCACAAAAACCACGACUCCUCGCUGCACUGGGGGUGAUGGGGGCUUUUAUGCAACCGCAAGGACAUGUCCAGGUGUUGUUGAACAUGUUGGAGUUUGGGAUGAAUCCUCAACAAGCUCUGGACUCACCAAGAGUUUAUGUACAGUAUGACCACAAAACUGAUCAGUGGUUGGUUAAUCUGGAGGAGGGGGUCGACCAGGAGGUAGCCGAGGAGCUGAGAAGACGGGGUCACAAAGUCAACUGGCCUAUCACAGGCCACAAGAGGUCUCAGUUUGGGCGGGGACAGAUCAUCACAGUCGGGGAUUGGUGGAACCCGUCUGUCAAUCAAGCUGAUCAUCCAUCCGGAGUGCUGUGGGCAGGAUCAGACCCCAGAGGGGAUGGAUGUGCUCAGGGAUACUAGACAUACAUGAUCUCCUCUCCUCUUCCCUGUAGAUACAUUGACCACAAAGGCAAAUUCCUACAUAUGGGAUUUAGCGCAGAAAUACUAUAAAUAUUUGGUUUUUACAGGUAAAAAAAACUCUUUAUAACAGUCACAGCGCAGCGUCAUAGCAACACAUUGCCCCUUCAUGAAGAUGUUCCUGUUGUAUGUUUACAGUUCACACAGACGUUUACUGUAUGAAAUAUGUGAUACUUGAGCAGCAGAACAUUGAAUCUGUUUAUAAAGCCAAAACUGCAAAUGUCUCCUAACAGUUUGAAUUUAAACUGUACACCUUAUGUCCCUCCACAUCCUCUUGAUUUCAAGCUACUUUUUUAAGUGUGCUAUUUUGUUUGUACAACAACGAAUAGGAAAACAAAUUUUGUGUACCACUACAUUACAUACCAAAGAUGCCCUUCCUCAAAUCUUUGGGUUGAGAUAAUUAUUGGUUUCAGUCACUUUAAUUAGUUUCUGUUUAUCUGGGGUUUGUUAGAAGCGACAACAAUACCAUUAAAUACUGUAUAUAUACCCCUACUUCCUCAAUAAGUGAUAAUUGCUUCUUUAUUCUGGUCGAUAGUUUACAAAACAAAUUGAGUUAGAUAUUUUAGGAAUGUCAAUCAGUGUUAUAUCUCCAUUCAAGUAUAUUUUCUGCUGUUGUUGGAAACAAAGAGAUUUAAGGAAUCAGUCUGUAUAUCAAAUAAUCUAUGAAAUAUGCUGGAUAUAUUUGUGAUUUUGUA